UUUAGUUAAUAUUUCACAGCGAAUCGAUUUGGUUGAUUAUUUUUCUAUUAGUAAAAUCGUGUGCUAGCGAGUGAACCAUAUGUGAAUAUAGUAAAUAAAAAAAUAAAGUAUUGCUAUUACAGAUUUAUACAUACAUAUUAUGAUUUAGGUAUGGAGAUUUGUUGUCGAAAAUGAGUUUUUAUCAAUGUAUAACAAAAGUGUUGGUGAAUUGGCAAGGGUAUUGGCGUGCAUGAAAUGAUAAGAAUAUGGAGGGAGUUGUUUACGACCGAGAAAAUGCGAAAUUCCAGUAAUGCGUCAAAAUUAAACAAUUCAAGCUAUUUUGCAGUGAUAAGGAGAGACAAACAAUAUAAGAAAUAAACAAAAAUUCAAAAAACACGUAAACGCUGUUUGUAUAUAAAAAGUCGUCUGCGCCAACUAAUCAGCCGAAGAAAAUGGGAAAACUAUUAAGUUUAUUGGCACGAGAUGAUUCAAAUUGUUGCGCAGCAAAAUCCUACGACGUUUUCCUAGACUUCGAAAAUGCUGCGCCGACAGAUACUGAGCGUGAGGUUUUUGAAGAAGUGGAACGCGUACUAAAAGAAUCAGAAAUUGUACUGGAGGAAAUCCAAGUCUAUAAGGGUGCUGGUAAAGAAAUACGAGAGGCUAUUGCUGAUCCUUCACCAAAAUGUCAGGAGAAAGCAUGGGAUGCCGUUUUGCCGCUGGUGAAGAAAUUAAGACGCUGUUAUGAACAUUCCUUAGAGCUGGAAAAAAUGGUUCCGAAAUUAUUAGGUCAACUGGUUGGUGGGAAGCUCAAUCCCACACAACAUCUGGAGACACAGCAAGCAUUGGUCAAACAAUUGGCCGAAAUUUUGGAGUUUGUACUGAAAUUCGAUGAGUAUAAAAUGAAAACACCCGCAAUACAAAACGAUUUCAGUUACUAUCGACGUAUUGUCAGUCGACAACGCAUCGAUCAAACUAAUAACAUGUUAGUGAGUACAGAAUUGGCGAACCGCAUGUCCUUAUUCUACGCACACGCUACGCCCAUGCUCAAAGUUCUUAGCGAGGCGACUUCGAAAUUUGUUAACGAUAACGCCGAUGAUGUUGAAAACACCACUGAGACACUUGGCACAAUGGCGAAAGUUUGCCUACGAAUGCUCGAGAAUCCUAAAUUGCUGCAGCAAAUCGAACGAGAGGAGACCCAUCUACUUGUGUUGCGCGUUAUGGUUGGUCUCGUCAUCUUGUAUGAUCACGUACAUCCAGUGGGAGCAUUCGCACGCGGCUCGCAUGUAGACGUCAAAGGAUGUGUCCGCUUGCUACUAGCUCAGCCCGCCAUAAAAGCCGAACCUUUGCUGAAUGCACUGCGUUAUACGACGAAGCACCUGAACGAGGAUAAUACACCGAAGAACAUACGCAAUUUAUUGGCAGCAUAAUAGUAAAAGCAGUGGCUCGUAUCUGCACAGGAGAAAACUGCCAUCAACACUGCUAUCUCUUUUCAAUCAAAGUCACUACCAAUACCAUGCAAAAAUUGAUCACCAGCAAAUAAAAAAAGCAAACCAAUGAAUGACCUUAAUAUAAAUUUAGCGAAAAUGCAUGGAAUCGUUUUUUUUUUACAUAUUAGCAUACAUAUACACAAACUAAUUCUAAGUAACUAAAAUAUUGCAGUUUAAAUAUAAAGUAGAGAAUCGCCGCAAGGAAUACAAAUACAUACUAGUAUAUCGGAAGGUAAAGAGUAUUGAUGUAAAGAAGGCGUAAGCAUUUUUAUGAGCCAUUUUAUAAUAUACAAAAACAAAAGCAUACAAA